AUGGAAGAAGAAGAUAAUGCAUUUGAGUUUCCAGAAAUUGACUCUGAAAAUGAGGAAGAACAUAGCCAGCAACAACAUACAAACACCAAUGAAGGUUUAUCUGCAUCUCAACAGGCAGACACAACAUCAAGAAAACAGCUGAGUAUGGAAAAAAAAAAAAGAGAAAUCAUUGAUGCAAUGUUAUUGCAAAUGCAAGAUGGGCAGUUGCCUAGGGGAGUCAAGGCUCAAAUGGCAGUAACAUUUCAAGUGCACAAGUCAGCAAUCACUAGAGUAUUUGAUGAUCUAACCAAGAAGAUGUCUGAGGGAAAUGUGAUUGAUGUCAGAAACAAUAAGUUGGGGAAAGUAGGUCGCAAACCAAUGGAAUACUCAGAUGAAUUCCUCCAAUUAGUGCCUCUGUACAAGAGAACAACAAAGAGAAGCUAUGCAUCAGCUCUAAAAAUUUCACAUGUCACUAUACACAAUUUGAAGAAAAGGGGCAGACUCAGAACUCACACAAGCACCAACAAACCAACACUUACUUCAAACCAUAAGGUUGCAAGGUUAAAAUGGGCUUUAGCUCAUGUUAACCCUAUUCCAGCACAAGGGGACCCAAAAUUUGUGAACAUGCAAUAUUCUAUUCAUAUUGAUGAGAAGUGGUUCUGGUUAAAUCCAGAAACAAGGAAGUUUUAUUUGCUGCCAAAAGAGGAAAACCCAUACAGGUGUCAACAGUCUAGAAGGUUCAAAAUCAAAGCCAUGUUCAUGGCAAUGGUUGGUAAACCCUUGUAUGAUGCUAACAAAAACUUGUUGCAUGAUGGUAAAUAUGGCAUUUUCCCUUUUGUAAUUUAA